AUGCUAGCAGAACUCCAGCAAAUAUCGGGCAUGCAAAGUCAGGUACAGAGGUCACUCAAACGAAGACAAACUGGCGUGACAGAAAGCGGCAAGUAUUGCGCUGAAAACCAACGCCAUAAUCUCAUUGCUGCUGCUGCGCCGGUAGCGUCAGGCGCAUUGAGCACGAACUCUGAGGCCCAGAAGACGGGUGUCAAGAAUAUGCCUCAACCCAUAGCAGCGGAGAAUGCUGGGUUAAAGGGUGACAAUGCUUUACAGCUGAAGAAACGCAAGCCGCGUCCUACGAAGGCCGGACGUGCAAGAAAAAAAGCAGAAGCUGCAACCGCGGAGGUACCAUCGAUAAAGACAACACCAUUGGCGGCAUCGCCAUCCAGAGCAUCAUCAAUCAAGCCAACACUUUCGCAAUCGAAUCAAGGCAAGGAAAUUUCGUCAGAUCCGGCGCCAACCCAACAGACACGGUACUUACCUAAGGCACUCUCUUGGAAAACAUCAUGGAUGUUCCGGGAUACCAUUGGGCUGCCUAUACGUGCGAUAGAAGCAAAAUCACUGGAGCCAGACAGGACCGAGGUAUCCUCUGAGUGUGGUUUCGAGACCUUGUGCAGUUAUAACUGGCAGAAUGAUGGAGCCAUCUACGUUCCCGGCGCGCCUCCCAGAUGGAACCCUCCCGCAUUGCCGAUUACUCUGGCUCAGGAUACCGGGCGACAGUUCAUCGAUCAAAACGCUUCUCGCGUGCCCACAUUUCCUUUUGAACCCGCCUUCGCCGCCCUCGCUGUGAUGAAACCAAAUACCCUACUAGACGAAGUCGACAUUAUUGUCAACCGCAACAGUCUGCGCAAACUUCUCGACUUCUCGGCUGGGAAGAAGCUGGACGCCUUCUGUAUGGGCUUACAUAUGAUUGGCAAAACGCUUGUGAUCAACCGCAAAGAAAGGAAUGCUCAGCAAAUAAUCCAUGGUUCAUCUAAUGCAGGCUAUGGACAUAGUUUCGAGAAGACCUUUACAGAGCCUGAUGAUGAGAUGGGAAACUCUAGUAGCCAUCAUAGGGUCAUCCGGUACCACAUUGGCCCUCUGGACUGUGUUGUCCGAUUCGAAGUUGACGCAUAUUACGAUGACCCUGAUGCCGUCCUCGACUCUGAGUCCAGACAUCCUACCGAAGAAACCAUUGGCGUUGUAACCAAUGCUUUAGCGCAGUUGAAUAUGGUAGACUCGCCGCCAACUCAAUCCAAGAGUCGAAAACCCGCCGCCAAUAAGCCUACCAGAGUUGUUGAGAAAGGAGUUUUCGUUGACCCUUCUAAACUCGCUGAAAUCAAAGCUAAGAAGCUCGCACGUCUUAACGAAGCGCUACCGCAGCUUUGGUUCGGCCGCACACCCUACUUCAUGAACGGCAACCAUGACAAGGGCAAGGUACACUCAGUUGACAUCAAUCAUGCCAAGUCCGGUUUCCCGCGAUGGGAGGAAGCCAAUCAGGACAGGCUGCGUAAAAUGGUUAGUCUGUUAACAGAGAUCAAGAGUGUCACGCAGGGGUUACAGAACCGAGCCGGCGUGUUGGUACACGACGAAAAAGGCGGACCUCUGAAAGUCUACGUGAUGAGGAACAAUCCUGGUGUUUUGCCUAACGAAAUCAUUCAAAAGCACUGGAGCAUUGGAUAG